UGAGACCGAGGAAGAAGAAGACAACGCUGAACCAAAUUGUAAACACAAAUGGCGGAGCGUGUGCGUGUCAGCUGCUCCGCCCGCCAAAACACAGAAGAGGACGUGUUGAACACAUAACGACUGAGGAGCUGUGUGUGUGUGUGUUGCUGCAGGUUAGAGAGAGGAUAUCUCAAUGCUAGCUAAAGUUAGCUUCCACUCAGACACAGCCCGAGCAGCUCAGUUAGUGAGAGGCUGGAAAACAAAUAGAAAACUUGAAACGUACGUUCAGCCAUCGCUGGGCUUUGGGUUUUCCAGUGCAACCACAGACCAUGGCCGUCAAUGGGAAAGUCAUCCCGCACACGCCGCUGGCCGUCGACUUCUGGCAGGUGCGGAAGUGUCCGGGCGCUCGGCUGUUUUUCUUGACCCACAUGCACAGCGACCACACGGUGGGUUUGACCUCGACCUGGAGCAACAGGCCCAUCUACUGCUCCCCCACCACCGCCACGCUGCUCAGACUCAAGCUGCAGGUAAAGGAACAGUGGAUCCAUCCAUUAGAGCUGGGUGACCCAUACAUGCUGCCGCUGGAUGACAUUGGCAAGGAGAGGCUGACAGUCACCCUGAUAGAUGCCAACCAUUGUCCAGGGGCUGUGAUGUUUCUCUUCGAAGGCUAUUUUGGUUCUAUACUGUACACUGGUGACUUCAGAUAUACUCCCUCAAUGCUACGUGAGCCAUGUCUAAGGACAAACACCACGAUUGAUGUCCUGUACCUGGACAACACCAACUGUGACCCCAACCGCACCCUCCCCUCCAGAAAGCAAGCCACUCAACAAAUCAAAGAGAUCAUCCGCAGCCACCCUAAUCACAGUGUUGUCAUAGGUUUGUAUGCACUGGGGAAGGAGUCCCUGCUGCUGGACCUGGCAAUGGAGUUUAAAACCUGGAUUGAGGUGAGUUAUGAGAGGAUGGAGACCCUCAAAGCUCUGGAGCUGCCUGACGUUUUCACCACUGACCCCGGAGCCGGUCGUAUCCGAGCCGUAUAUCAGUCAGAGAUCUGUUUUGCCACUUUGCACCAGUGGAACAAAGAACAACCCACGUUGGCCAUCUUGCCCACCAGCAGGCCCCUGGUCUCCUUCCAACCCAAUGUCCAUGUGGUGCCUUACUCCGACCACUCUUCUUAUCAAGAGCUGGAGGAUUUUGUCUCUGCGCUUAAACCUACCUCCCUUGUACCCAUUGUAGGAACGCGCGCACCUGGAAGUCUCUCUGCCUUACUGCCCAGCAAAAAGCGUCCUGAAAUCCUUGUGCCAGAGUCAGUCCAACAGUACAUGCUGAGACAGCCUGAGAUCCAGGUCAGCUCAUCAGUAUUUACUCGCCCUCACAGCAGACACCUCAGACCGGUUGCUCCCAAGGGUGUGAUAUUUGAGUCUCCUCUGAAGGGGUCCAUGAUGUCAUGUGAAGAUAUCUGUGGACCAGAGUCUCUGCAGCAGGAUGCUUCUGAGGAUGAGAUGGACACAGAAAGUAAUGAAAGGGAAUCUGACUGUAUUGUUAUUGACACUAGCAAGAAACUCACCCCGAACAAAAACAGAGGAGAAGCUGGAGACACGUGGAGCCUCAACAUCGUCCAGACAGUCUCAGAAGAAAUGUUGAUGGCAGACUCACUACCACUCAGUCAACUUACCCAGAGUAACUUUGCUCCAGUGGAGAUUCUGACAAACACUUCGGCCUGCUUGAAGCCUGUCAGGCCCACGAGAAGGCCUUUCGAAACUAAUGCCAAAAUAAACAACACAGCAUCAAGUGGAAAUUACAACAGUCAACAAAGGGGACACAGAAAUGUUGAGAACAACCACAAACCGUCAGACGAGGGCGGUAUGAGUCAGCACAGUGGAUGUGGGAGUGAUCAGGACAGCGUGACAUUAUUUCAGAACAGCUCCAGUAACAUUUCCUGUACUUCCUGUCACUCCUCGGCUGAGCUGAAGGAGCAUUACUUAGAGGAGUUUGAAAACAGAAUUUUAAAGAGUCUCCCCUUUAUGGAAGAUGAUUUUAAGACAUGGGGCCUCCUGCAGCACAGCGUUGUGCAAGGUUUCCCCUCCCCACUAUGUGAUGCAUAAUGACAUCUCAGUAAAUAACGUAACCUGAGGUUUUAGCCUUGUUUUCUCUGUGUUAACAUAAAUUCUUUAAAGCUGACUAUAUUCUAUCCUACUUCAUAUCAUUUUCCUUGUGGUGCCUCCUUAUUUGUGGGUGGUCUGGAGUUAAGGUUGGUGUCUGUGAUAGAUAUUUUUAAAUGUUGACUAACCUCUUUUUAUCAUCCCACUGGCAAAUAAUGCAGAGGGAUCAAGUUAUCAGUAUAUCAUUGCAUAAUUUUGUUUGUGGAGCAGAACUGAGAAAUCAUUUGGAAUUUAGUUAAUGCAAUUUGGUGGUGCCUUUUGAUAUUUGGGGUGUGACAGGGGUUAUGUCAACUCUUGAUGAUACUUUUUUUUUUUUACCCGCCUUGAGAACCAGCUGACUUGAAAUACAGUUACAUGUUCUGGCCUUUAUUGAUUAACAGUUAUGUUAAAGAGCUGUGAGUUAUGAACCAAAAUCUGCAUUUAGCCUAAAAGCUCAAAGUGAUAACAUGUUUUUGCCAUAUUUCCAGAUCAGCCUUUUUUUUACUUACACUUAAAGGUUCAGUGUGUAGAAUUUAGUCACCCUCCCCUUCCAAACAUAAAGGAGAA